UCUGACCGAUCAUUACCCUGCAACGAUAGCAGAGAGAAGUCAGCCAGUCGUGUCUCUCUCCGAGGCCGGAUGGUAAAAUCCAACCUCCAGCGGAUACUAAACAGUCAUUGCUUUGCUCGUGAGAAGGAAGGAAAACAGCUGUCUAUUAUUACCAUGGCGAAUUUAAAUAGUGGUAUCUGUGACAUGAUUGGGAACCUGUCCCUGCACUGUAGUAGUACCCGCGGCCCGGGGCCUCUGUGGUGCUCCUGAUGUCCCUCUCCCACCCCUGAAGAUCCCAGGUGGGCGAGGGAAUGGCACACGGGAUCACGCUCCUUCAGCUCGGCCGCUCUACGCAGACCGAAAGUUGACUGUAACUGAAGAGCCGGCAUGUAAUGGGCGUCCUAGGAUACUCCACUUCCAAAGUCGUCCCACAGUUUCCAAGACAAUACAGUGGGAUGCUGUCCUAAGCAGUGGUGCACUCUAUGUGGAGAUACCUCUGGACCCUCUUCCUGAAGGCAGCAAGGAGAGUUUUGCCGCUCUCCUGGAGUAUGCUGAAGAACAUCUGAAAGUCGUUAGCGUGUUUGUCUGCUUUUACAAGAACAGAGAUGAUCGUGCUAAACUGGUUCGUACCUUCAGUUUUCUGGGCUUUGAGAUUGUGAAACCGGGCCAUGCCCUCAUCCCACCUCGACCUGACGUUUUCUUCAUGGCCUACAGUUUUGACCGGGACUCAUCGGAUGAUGAGUAGCCGUGUUGACAGCUUCAUUGCUUUUUUUUGUGCUUUUUUCAAAGCUCCCCACCACAGAUGCAGCUUGCGACCCACACAGCAAUUUGUGUUAAACCCUGGGCUGUAGAUCUAUAUGCAAGUACUUACGCAUUUCUUUGUGUUUAAGGGAAUACACGAGCUGCAUAUGCUCAUGUUUCCAGCAUCUAUUCAUGUGUUAAACUAUCACUGAAGAUUGAUUGAUGUUGUCUCCUAAAAGACAUUCUUUGGUUCUUAAAAUCAUACCGCAGUUGUUACAGCUAGUCAGUUCUAUUUGGCUCCUCCCAUUUCUUGAAUGUACAACAAUAAGGUGAUCAGGUUUGAACUCGGGUACUCCAGCUUUCUCUUUUCAUUGGCUAAAUUUGAGCUUAAAUAUUUUGUUUUUAAACUAAAUUACAAAUCAACGGGACCAGUUUAGUUUUGUAGCCCCAGUGUCCUCGUAUUGGAUUUUUUUUUUUUUCUCAAGUUUUAACUGUAAGCAGCAGCCCCAAUAAUUGGUACUUCCUAGUUGAAUAGUUAAAGUUAAGACUAGAAGUGGAAAGAAAAGAUGGAUGCUAUCGCAUGUGUCUGACAUAGGCGGUUCAGUUUAAAGAUCUUGAGUGUAAUGGUACAAAGUGUAAGGACAGUGAAUAAUCCAAAGUGCUUUUUGUUAAUUUCUGAUGCUUAUGUUUGACAGUAUUGUGGAAUUUAUGUUUUGGAGUUUGGAAAAAAUGCUGUGACAUUGGAUUUGUCUUUUUUUUUUUUUCUUCUUCUUGGAAGUAGCAUUCCUCUAACUUUGUUUUCAUGGUAGUAUUUUAUAUGUUGUUCACCUGCAUAGUGGUACCUGUUGUGCUUCUGUGAUAAUAAAACAACAAAAAACAGUUCUGUCUCUUUUCUACUGGAGAUGCAUGAAGUCCAUACCCGUUACAUGUGUUUAAAUCAGGGCGAAUUCUUCUGAAAUGUCAUCUGCUGCUUGGACAGAUCAAUCUGAGAUGGGGGAAACGCUUACCCUCAGGUUUCAGGUCUCUUCUACCACCAGGAGGCUCCACAGGAUUCACAACCAGGGUGUGAGACGUCCCAACAUGCUGCUUAGACACGGUUAUUGUCCUAUUUCUGCCAGAGAAAUUUAAUAAAUAUUCAAAUGCUUGAACAGCACCUUUAGAUUUGUGGGAAAUUAUGUUUAUCCUAAAAUUAAAAACUAUCUGGUUAAUUUGACCUGCAAAAUGUGGAAGAUUCACUUUGUAAACCCAAUAAAUAUCCUAAAGCCACA